GACAGGGACGGAUCUGAUUUUAAGUGAGGGACGACCAACUUAUAAAAUUUUAACUAUCCCUGUUUAUGCUUUGAUUCUAUUGCACGAAGAAACAAAUUGUAAACUAUGAAAUUAAACCCUACAUUUCAAAAUGUUGUUUUUGAGAUUGUUGACAAACCAGUGAUGAACUGUGGUUCACCUUCAACAAGAUGAAUGGAUUCUCCACCGUGGACGGCUUCGUGGAGAUGACCAAAUCCCUGGCAGAGAUGAUCAAGUACAUCGCGAAUGAACCGACGCUCGGUCUUUUGUAUGUUCAAAAGCACACGCACGAUGCGGUUCCUAACGUUGUUGAUCUCAGUAAUCGGGUCACGGAGAAGUCCCGGGAAGCGAGUUUGCAUUCGGAGGACUUGGAAGAUUCGAUCACCAUGGUGAGGUCAAUGAAGGAAUGUGGCAUCCCCAUUGUCGACGAGAUGAUCAAGGACUUUGAGAAUUCGCUAAUGUUAAUAUCAUCGGAUGAGAAACUGAAGCAAGGAUUGGUCGAUAGCCUUGAUUCGGGAUUUACCAUAACAAGAACUAGAUCUUGGGGACCGAUAUCAUGGAGUUAUGGAUCCAUAGAUGUCCGGCAGCAGGAUGGAAGUCACUAUUUUUCGACCAUAUUCAAGUCGGCGAGAGAGAAGGCGAGCAGUUUUAAGUGGUUCCAAGUCGAGUCCAAGGAACCAAUAACAACUGAGCCCCAAAACCUGGUUCAAUGUCAACCGGCAGAUAAACUCCAUGAAGAAGUGAAGGAUGGAACUGAAGACAACGUCAAACUGUCCGGUGAUAUUUGAUUGUUUGUGUCGGAAAAAUACGAUGAAUUCAAGGCGGAUAAAGAAUCGAAAUUGGAACGAUGGUUGGAAGGAAGUGAAGGCAAAAUGGAUACAAGCA